AUGGCCGCCCUCCCCAAAGGCCUCAAGGCCGUCCUGACCAAAGCCCCCACCGACGUCGUGAUCCUCUCUUCCCUCCGCACCCCCAUCUGCCGCUCCUACCGCGGCCAGCUCAAGGACGCCUACCCGGAAGAGCUCCUCUCCGUCGUCCUGCGCGCCACCCUCGACAAGAACCCGCAACUCGACCCCUCCGCCAUCGACGACGUCGCCGUCGGCGUGGUCCUCAACGAGCUCGGCGGCUCCAAGGCCGCCCGCAUGGCCAUGAACCACGUCGGCUUCCCCACCUCCACCUCCCUCUACACCGCCAACCGCGCCUGCGCCUCCUCCCUCCAGACCAUCGCCCUCGUCGCCGCCCAGAUCCGCACCACCAUGAUCGACGUCGGCAUCGGCGCCGGCAUGGAGAGCAUGACCCGCAACUACGCCUCCAAGGCCAUCCCCGUCGACGCCUGGCCCGCCCUGCGCCAGAGCGCCGUCCAGGACGCCGUCGACUGCGUCAUGCCCAUGGGCCUGACCAGCGAGAACGUGGCCAGCCGCUAUGGCGUGUCCCGCGCGGACCAGGACGCCUUCGCGGUGGAAUCGCAUGCGCGGGCGGCGCGCGCGAGGCAGGCCGGCGCGUUUGAUGAGGAGAUUGUGCCCGUCACGACGCGGUUUCAGGAGGUGGAUAGGAAGGGGGAGAAGGUGGGUGAGGAGCGGAUGGUGACGGUGACGAGGGAUGAUGGGAUUAGGGAGGGGGCGUCCGUCGAGGCGCUGGCUAAGCUGAAGCCCGCGUUUAAGGAGGAUGGCGCGAGCACCGCGGGGAAUUCGAGCCAGGUUAGUGAUGGUGCGGCGGCGACGUUGUUGAUGCGCCGGAGCACGGCUACGCAGUUGGGGUUGGCGGAUAGCAUUAUGGGGAAGUUUGUGGCCGCGUCGGUGGUGGGGUGCAAGCCGGAUGAGAUGGGCGUGGGGCCGGCGCUGGCGAUUCCCAAGGUGCUGGGCCAGCUGGGCCUGAGCAAUGCGGAUGUGGAUCGGUGGGAGAUCAAUGAGGCGUUUGCGAGCCAGGCGAUCUACUGCGUGCGGGAGCUGGGGUUGGAGAAGGCGUUGGUGGAUGGGAAGGUUAACCCGGAUGGCGGUGCCAUUGCGCUGGGCCACCCGCUGGGCGCGACGGGUGCGCGUAUGGUGAGCACGCUGAUGCACGGGCUGGGCAGGACUGGUGGGGAGGUGGGUGUGGUGAGUAUGUGUAUUGGGACGGGCAUGGGGAUGGCGGGCGUGUUUGUGAGGGAGUAA